AUGAUCUCGACCCUGGGCGGCCUCUUCAACCUCAACCACUUCGACCAGUCGAGCUGUGCCAACGAUGUCAUCGUGAUACGCCACAAGGACGGCUCGCUGCGCAGCACCCCCUUCAACGUGCGCUUCGGGCGGGCGCAGAUGUGGAGCUACGUCGGCCGCGUCGUGCAGGUGGAGGUGAAUGGUGAGCUGACGGCUGCUGUGAUGAAGAUCGGCAAGGGUGGCAAGGCCUACUGGCUGCAGCCAACCUACGGCGCCUUCGGUGAGGCCAGCCACGGUGCGGCGGCAGCCAAGCAACCUGAGAACGCCGGAGGCGGCAUACCGCCUGCCGCCGCUGCCCUGGCGGGGGUGUCGGGCGCCGGCUGUGCCGCAAAGGGCGACGACGAGGAGCUGGACAUCGUGGGCACGCUCGUCAGUGCUGUGGAGGAAGUCGAGGCGUUGGUGCUGAGCACGGCGGAGCUGCAGCACCUCCCUAUCCGCCCCGAGUCGCCCCCAGGGCUGCUGUCCUUUUCAGCAGCGGAUUGCGACGCUUGGGAAACCGGCGAAAACGCAGCUGCUGAAGUUUCGCCGCCAUCGGGGGCGCUGCCACCUGUCCAGCGGCACUCUGCGACUGGCGCCCCUCGCCCUGCUAAAGAAAGUGACGUCAAGUUGCAUUCUCGCGAUGCGGGCUGUCAACGGAGGCCCGGCGAUCCCCACUCCGGCUUGCAGGACCCCGGCUCCAGUCUACCGCUUCUCCACACGGCCGAUGAUGGGCACCUCACCAUCGAGACGCGCGCUAUCCACUCGGCCGGCGACGCACAGGAGGCGCGACUCGCCCUUCGUGCCAUGGUGGCAGCCGAGAAGUCGCGAAAGCGGUUGUCGAAGAUGAGCUUCGGCGACGACCCAUACCUGCUGAAGACUGCGCGGGAGGAGGGCCACCUGGGCGACGACGAGGGCGACGACGAGGGGAGCGAUGUCGGCGCGCUGGGCAAUGAGGGCGCUGUCGGUGACGAUGACGACGGCGACCACCACCUCGGUGGCAGCCGUCCCGAACCGCCUGCGGUCGAGAUCGUGGUGGACGCUGCCGAUGUGUCGCCAUCUUUGCGUGAAGCGACAGUGAGGGCUGCCGGUGGCGGCCGUUUCGCACAGGCAUCGCUCAUCGUCACGCCGGCGGCUGCAGAUGAUGGCACGGACACGCAAGCCACCGACCAGCUUGUGGCCCAACCCGCGACGGGGACGAAGGAAGGUGAGUCAGCGGGCCUGGCCCCGGCGCCGUCGUCGCCGCAACCGCCUGUGGAAGCAGCCACUGCAGCGUCAUCAGCCACCUCGGUGACGGGGAGCACGGAUAGCUACAAGGUGGUGGACGAGGAUGCCUACUUUCUCGACCCCAUGGACACCGACCCCGACUACGCCGCGCUCUACGGAGAGGAAGAACUGGCUCUGCUGAAGGGCGCGUCCUUCGAAAGCAGCGUCACGAGCGGUGUGUCGCUGCCUGACGUUUCCAUUACGCUGGGCACCAUCGCUGGUGACGCAGCCACCGCGCACCGCGGAUCGGCGAGUGCCAGCGAAGGUGAAUUGUGCACUGCAGUGGAAGGCAGUCGUGCGAGCCGCAUCAGCGCGUCGCUUCUCCUGGAGCCACAGACUGUCGAGGCAGCGAUCUCCUCCCUCAAGCAGCUGCCGCUGCCAUCUUUGCCAUCGCCAUCACAACCGACAGUCGAGAACCAGGUCAGCAGCAGCGCCAAGGACGCCGACAAGGUCGCUGUGCCUCACGCGAGCACCGGCGUGCCCUUCACCACCGUUAAGGGCGGCACCGCGUCUUCCGGCGUCUUGAACGCCCCCGAGGAGGUCACGGAUGCGGAGGGGCGCCCUGUGAAGCUGACGCCCACCGCGGGCGGCGCCGGUGGUGGCCCGUACUUCAUUCGCACCCUUAUCCCGGUCGAGGCGGAUCUGUGGAAGCUGCACCUCAAGGAGGGCUGCAACACUGUCCGCUACCUCGCCCGCAAGGACAAGGGCGACAUCGUGUCCAUCUCGUGCAACAUAUUCCUCUGGAACUGGACGGACCGUCUCGUGGUGAGCGACGUGGACGGCACAAUCACGAAGAGCGACUUGCUCGGCCACUUCUAUGCGAUGCUGGGCAAAGGUGCAGACUGGACGCACCCCGGCAUCUGCAAUCUCUACUCCAAGAUUGAGCGCAACGGGUAUCGCAUGGUGUACCUGACGGCCCGCAGCGUGUCGCAGAUCAACCAAACGAAGUCGUACCUCUUCACACUGCAGCAGGACGGGGUGCGGCUGCCGAUGGGCCCGGUGCUGACGGCGCCGCAGCGCUUCUUCACGGCACUCACGCAAGAGGUGUCGAAGCAGUCUCACGUCUUCAAGAUCGCCUGCCUCGCGAGUGUGCGCGCCACCUUUCCGCCCAGCACAAAGCCCUUCUUCGCCGGCUUCGGCAACCGCUACAACGACGUCAUCAGCUACGAUGCGGCGGGAAUCCCGACGCACAAGAUCUUCAUUAUCGACCCCUCGAGCGUGCUGCACGUGUGCCUGGUGCGGCAGACGUACCGCGACCUCGGGCACCUUGUCGACGUGACGUUUCCGCCUGUUAAGCGGCACCCCGUCGUGCUGCGCGCGCCACGGCAUCUUCAGCGAACCCAGGACACAGGGGCGAGUACGUCGCCGGCUAAGGAUGUCGCACCCGGUGGGUGCGACCGACACGUCUACACGCGCAGUCUGCUACACCGAUCCUCCUCUGCCUUGUCGUCCUCGGCCACUUCGCUCUCUUCCGCAGCGUCGUCGUCAUUGGACUCUCUGGAUCUGCACGGGGAGGCGAGCGGCGGCUCCUCCGACCGUGGCGCGGAGGGCCCUCCACAUCACACGUCCGGGUCUGGGGCCUCCUCCGGCGACGGCUUUGUCGCGGGCCGUCAUGCAUCCGCGGCGUUCAGCUUGGUGGACUCGGAGCGUGUCGAAAUGAUCGCCGCGAGGGCCCUGAGCGGCUCCGCUGCCAGCCCGGGAGAGCCACCGGAACUCGCCAAGGGCGGCGGCCCCACGUUUACCGGACUGCUUUCGGGGACUGCUGCUGAGCUAUUUGCCGCUCCAGUCCCAACAACGGCCUCCUCCGCAGCGUUCUCGAGCCGCCCGCCCGGGGCCGAAAAACCAGGGGCUCCUUCGACCGCUUCUGCCUUGCCUGCAGUGAAGCCCAGCACCAGCGCCGCCAGCGUGCACAGGCCCAAGUACAACUAUGGCCGGCGCACAACCUUUGCUGAGCUGAACGACGACGACGAUGACGUGUUCCAGGAGGAGGAGGAGGUGCCGGCGGACCCCGAGUUUUCGUCCUUCGUGUACUGGCGCAUGGACCCACGCGACCUCAUCACCGUCCCCGCGGCGACAUGGAAGUCCUCUGUCUCUGCGACCCGUGCCAACACCAAGGAGACAUCGGAGAAGGAGAAGCCGGGCGCGGCGGCCAGUAGCACUGAUGCGCCGAAGAAGGUCGCCACAACCACCACGGCUGCCGCAGCUUCCACCGAAGACAAUGGCCACGCGAAGUCAGCGGCGGCAGCAGCACCCUCCGCACCUACACAGACGGGAGGCGCUGCCUUCGACACGGCGAUCUCCGGUGCGGCGUCGCCGAGCGGAGUCGCAGCUGCCAGCGAUGCAGCAGCACCGAGGCCCGGCGGCGGUGACGGCAGCUGCCUUUCGCCUUCCUCACUUACGGUUUCGAACCCCGGCAACGGGCCGCCGAUGCAAGGUGCGACGAACUCGCUCGACAAAGGCCGCGCGAGAGGCUCUGCCACGGGCGCGGCGGCGGCGACGACGGGGAUGACUUCACCCGAUACCCUCUCGGCAACGCAGAAGGCGCAGCCGCGGACCUCCAGCAAUCCCGGCAGCAACCAAGCUGCUGCCGCCCGCCCGUGCGACGACUGGAGGGGAGCGGCGGAGACGAACGCGGACGCGGCCGGGCGAUCACUCCCGCCGCAAUCGCUAACACCGCUGCUGCCGCCGCCGCCGCCGCCGCCGCCGCCGACGACGACGACGACGACGACGACGACGACGACGACGACGACGACGACGACGACGACGACGCAGCCUGCCGCGAUCUCGCCGUCCACCAGCGGGGGUGGCGGCACCCGCGGCUUCUUUUCCGCUUUCUCAUUCGGACGCAGUCGCGUCGUCGAGUCGCCGUUGUCGCCCACCUCGCAGAGGGCCGCGCAGGUGCGCGAGAACGCAAAGCAGCGCGCGUUAUCGCACCCCGACGCGCAGUACUACUAUGCGGCACUGCAGCAGCAGCAGCAGCAGCAGCAGCAGCCCGCGUCGCAGCUGGCGCCGCUCCCUGGUGACGGCGCAUCAUCGACGGCGAAAGCUAGCGCUCCGGCACCGCCGCCGAAGUGA